CUGAAAAUGUAUCUAACGUGGGCUUCUUUUAAUAACAUACGGAUGCUGAUGAUGGCUUGCAUGCCUGUAGUAAUAUUCUAUCUGAUAUGGUUGGUAAAUACUUCGGAAGGCAUACGUAGUGAAGAGGGAACAUUGCUGGAUCUUGUGUGUUGGCCAGAUGGCAAUGCUAUACCCGUUAUUAUUGCUUGCGGUUCUGUUAUUGCAGUUGUUAUAGAGCUCUACGGAUUAUAUCAGCUAUUCAAGGCUGGUUUGCCAAAGAGAGAAUACGACGUUACUAACGGCCUUUUUUAUUACGUUUGGGCUUUAAUUAUCAUGAUAAUUAUAUUCCUCGCAAUCAUGUUUUAUUCCGGACUUCAGUCAACAAUUAUACGAGCUAAGAUCAAAGGUGGUAUCACUAAAGCCAUGCUGAGAUACUCAAGCCACCUCCCAUCUAAAGUGGCUAUAGACAGACUACAGACGAGGUUCCACUGCUGCGGCCGAGUCAACUUCCAGGAGUGGUUUUAUAUCCCGUGGUAUAUGAACGGGGAGCAUAUCGACUCAAAAACAUUUUCAAACCACAAGUUUGUAUCAGACAACGUCCCGUACAGUUGUUGUUCCAUGGAAGAAUUGUACCCUUGUAUACACCAUGGAGUCACACAACCGGGAACCAUAUACAAGUACAACCCUGCGAAACAAUUAACGAUAUGGAAUUAUGGCUGCGAGGAAAAACUCAUUAACGAAAUGAUGUCAGUUUCAUGGCGGUUUAAUGCUGUUAUGGCCCUAAUUAUCAUUGCUAUGAUCAUGCAAGUGAUAGCAGUGAGGUAUCUCCACACAGCGUACAGAAGCGGUCUUCACGUUGGCAAUCAGAUUACUUGUAAGGCCUACCUGCUCAGGUCCCUCACUGACACGGAACCGCCUAAGAAUGCGGUCAGGAAGAAAGUGUUCAAGAAGAGAAAGUUCAGACAAGCGCGGACACUGCAUUGGGUCUCAGUGUCGUAUCGACGAGGCAAGAAAAGAUUUGUAACCUCCUCGGCUUCAGAUGCUAACAGUUCUGAUGAACUGCUGAAGCCUAUUUAUGAGUGAAAGGAUCCAGCUGCACCUGA